AUGAAGAAAAUUAGGCAGUUAAUAUCACCACUUCCCAUAUCAGAAGAGAGUAAUCCUGGAACUGCUUUUCCCGAGAACAUACAGCAAGGUAAGGCCCCAGCUCUAGAUCAAUUCUUACUAACAGACAGCUACAACGAUAUUGACAUGGACCCAAUAUUAACUGAUACGACAUCACCUUCGUUGAUCGAUUAUAUUUGUGAUACAUAUUUAAAUUCUGAGCUCAAUACUAACGCGUUAUUAACACCAUUACCUCAAACUAAACUUGUCGAUUACAGUGAUUCAGAUACUGAGAAUACUUACAAUUUAAUGAAUUUAGAUAACCAGAACAUAAAAGACUUAACAACUUACGAUCCUACUAUGCCAGCUUUCAUUAAUCAAUUAAUACAGCCGAGCACCAGUUCACUGUUUGACCAACAAGAACUAAAUUUGUCCAAGAAUUUGGAGACCCACGACAGCAUUACCUCUAUUGAUAGCGAAGAUACAUGGAAGCCUGCCUCAUCGUCCAGUGAUUCGGAUGAAGAUAAAUCAGUUCAAACAAUAGAAGAAGAAACAAGUGUUGGUAAAAGAGGAUAUAGGAAAAUAAAACCUUUACCAAAACGACUUUUAGCAAAAAAAAAUCGUAAGGCUGCUGUAGGGAAAUCUAUACAACCAAACCCUUGUAUGAAUAAAAAACGUGGUAACUCAUGUGCAAAUAAAUUUACGCAAGAUGAUCGCAAUAAUAUUUUUGAAAGCUAUUGGGGAUUAGGUUGUGAUAAAAGACAAAAAAGAUUUCCUGCUGUCCUGUGCUAA